AUGGCGCUCUCUUCCUACUGACUCCUUCUUUUUAAAGAGGCGCAGCUGAUGCGACCACCCGCUCGCCUCCUCUUUGUCUCUCUUCCACAUCCGCAUCGAGGAGCACCUUUGAGCGUCGGAAGGAGGAGGAGGCGGAAGGGAGGCAGCGAAGAGGGGGCUAACCGAGGAUGGAGUUCAAGCAUCUGGUGGAGGCGGCCGAGAAGUGGUGCUCGGGGAACCCGUUCGAGCUCAUCUUCGCCGAGGAGGACGAUGAGAGGCGGCUGGACUUCUACGCGGAGCCCGGCGUCUCCUUCUACGUGCUGUGCCCCGGCGGAACCGACACUUUCCACGUGUGGAGCGAAAGUGAGGAUUGCCUACCGUUCUUACAGCUGGCUCAGGAUUACAUCUCAUCCUGCGGCAAGAAGACCCUGCUGGAGGUGCUGCAAAAGGUCUUCACGUCCUUCAGGCCUCUGCUGGGGCUCCCUGACAUAGAAGACGAGACGUUUGAGCACUACCACGCCGACGUGGAGGGCGAGCCGGGACCCGACCAUCAGCAGAUGGGGGUCAGCCAGCAGUGACGAGGAAAGAGGAGGGAGGAAGUCGGCCAGCGAUCCUGGGGGGCCUCACUACUGACACAUACACACACACACACACACACACACACACACA